GCUACUUCUUCAACAGACCCAGAGGUGGUUUGCUCUUAUGAUCCAGUGGAAGCUGCAGUCAUUGAGGACGUGAUUCUGCAGUGCCACCUUGAACCCCCACUGGAUGCAACAGAUAUGACAGUGGAGUGGAGUCGUGGGAGCCAUAACCAGUUUGUACACCUGCAUCAAGACGGAAAAGACAGUCCUGCAGAGCAGAAGGAGCACUUUGAAGGAAGAACGUCUCUCUCUCAUGAGGGUCUGACCAAAGGAAACCUGUCACUGAAACUCUCCUCAGUACAGCUCUCUGACGCUGGAAGAUACAGAUGCUCCUUUCACACUGAAAAAGUGCACAAGAGUUGUUAUGUUAACCUCACUGUUGAAAAUACAAACAACACUCAAGAGCAACACGCAGCUUUCAGUCAGGACAGUAGCAUAGGCAGUUACGCUGGCAUUAUCACUGUGAUUGUCAUCCUCAUUGCCAUUUUUUGCUUUGUCAUUAGCACAGUAGGUGGAGUGAACUGUGUCACCGGUUCUGCGUGUGAAUGUACAGGAUUGUGUUUGGAGGCAUGUAUGGAGGGGUGUAUGUCUACGUGACAACAUCUGGAACACUUUUAAGAAGCUCUGGCUACAGUAGUA